UACAAAUCAGCGCGAUAAAUACGAAAUUCAGUGAAAUCUUAUCAAACGUUGGAUUCUCUGUAGCCGAUUCUUCUUCUUCCUUGUUUCUCCUCUUUCUGUGCUUCGCGUUUCCGAUUCUCUCUCUAGUCGACUACGAUCGCUUUGGGUUUUGCUGGGUUCUGUAUCUUCCUUGGUAAAAUUGAAUCUUUCCCACCCUAAAACCCUUUUCUGCUUCUUCUUCUAUCUAUUUCGCUAAUUCUUAGGUUGCCGUAGUACUCUUCUCUCGUAUGCAUUUCUUCUUUCAAUCUGGUCCUUUUUUUCUUUCUUCUUUUGAUGAUUUCACGAAACGACUUUGCUGGCGAUUGCUGUUAGUUCCGAUUGAGAGAUUAUGCUGCGAAAUUGGCCAUUGAGGAUACUGAACCAAUGGAUGAUACGAUAGGCUCAAAUGGUCUCGUCAAAAAAUCUGAGUUCAUAAGGAUAAUCAUCGAUGCACUUUUAUCGCUUGGAUUUGGUGACAUUGCGGCCACCUUGGAGGAAGAGUCUCGCAUUCCUCUGCACAGCAAUCCUAUUAAGCAGUUUCUGGAACUGUUAAAGAAUGGAGAAUGGGACAGAUGCAUUGAUGCAUUGCAGGGACUUGAACUGCGUGAGCGUGAUGAUAAUGCGGCGAGAGUCUUGCUGCUAGAGCAAAAGUACCUCGAGUUUCUCAAGGUCGAAAAUUCUGUGGAUGCUCUGAGCACCUUAAGGAUGAUGCCGCCUCUUGGUGUUGACGCAGAGCGCAUUCGUGAGCUCUCAUCCAAACUCAUGUCAGGUCCUGGUGAAGAUACAGAAAGGUCCGUAGUUUUGGAGAAACUGCGAAAACUGUUUCCUCCUGCAGUCAUAAUCCCAGAGAGGAGGUUGGAGCAUCUCUUAGAGACGGCCUUUGAUCUUGAGGUGUAUGAAUGUAUGUACCAUAACAUCCCGGACAGUGAUUUGUCUCUAUGCUCUGAGCAUCGUUGUGAGAAACAUAAAAUUCCUUCGGAGACUGUACAGAUAUUGGAGGAACAUACCGAUGAAGUCUGGUUCUUGAAGUUCUCACAUAAUGGCAAAUACUUGGCUUCUGCUUCCAAGGAUAAAUCAGCAAUUAUAUGGGAGAUCGACGCAGAGAGGAAGUUGUUGGUGAAGCAUAAACUUGUGGGGCACGAGAAUCCCGUGGUAACAGUCUUAUGGAGUCCUGAUGAUCGACAAGUCAUUACAUGCGGAGAAAAUGAGGUUAUCAAGCGCUGGGACGUGAAUUCAGGAGAAUGUGUUCAGUCGUAUGAAAGAAAUGGUGUUGGUUCCGUUUCUUGUGGAUGGUUUCAUGAUGGGACUGGUAUAAUUGGUGCAAUGGAAGACAGACGCAUCUAUUUGUGGAAUUUGGAUGGCACUGAGAUAGAGCACGAGCAAGACCAACGGGCACAAAAGCUUUCUGAUGUAGCCAUGACAACUGAUGGGAAGUGGCUAGUAAGCGUAGGCAAGGAACCGCACAAGAUCUCACUGUUUGAUAGAGUAACCAGAGCUGAGAGAGUGAUUGAAGAGGAUGACAUGAUUACUUCGUUCUCGCUUUCGAAAGACAGCAAAUAUAUUCUAAUCGAUCUCACUACCGAGAUGAUCCAGCUCUGGAACAUUGAAGGCGAACCAAAUAAGUUUUAUGGAUUCGAGGGCCACAAGCGUAAACGGCUUAUUAUCAGGUCUUGCUUUGGUGGAUAUGAAGAAUCUUUCGUCGCCAGUGGGAGUGAGGAUUCUCAGGUUUACAUAUGGCACCGAAGAGAACCGUUCUUACGUUUACGUGUAUUACCAGGACACUCGGGAGCUGUGAACUGCGUGAGUUGGAACCCGACUGAUCUGCAUAUGUUGGCCUCAGCGAGCGACGAUGGAACCAUCCGGAUUUGGGGACUUGACAAGAAGUUGAACUGAUCCGAUGGUAGUAACUGAUGAUGAUGACUUGACUUGACUUGACUGCAAAUUUGUUCAUUUGAUAUUCAUCAUGUACAUAUGACCUUUCAUGUGCGAAUGCUUUUUGCAUUCUUCACCCUACUGGUGUUUUUGCGUCCUUUCUGUAUAGAAUAUAGAGAUAAGAACAGAAGUUUUUGAAUACCGAUAGUGAGAAAAAGAGAAAUACAAAAAACUGCAACUGAUACAUUUUUGCU